AUGUACCGCCUGCGCUGCGACGACUUUUUGCGCAGCUGUGAUCACUUUAAGACGGGGUUUGUCACGGCCCCGCAGUUCGCGUCGGCGCUUGGGCAGCUGCGUUUUGUCAACUUUCACCUCACGGCGGAGCACAUUGACACGCUGACGCGGGCCUACGCGGACGCGAGGCUGGAGGGCACCGGUAGCGGCACCAACGAGGAGGCCUUUCCACGCGUCAACUACGUGCAGUUCCUCGCCGACACCAACCCCCGCCGUGACGAGGGCGCAGCAGGCACGACGAACUACUACGAACUGACGCGAACCCCCGGACAGUUCCUUAGUGGGGUGGACGACAAGGAGCAGGAGCGGGCGGAGUUCGUGCUGAACAAAGUGCGCCGUUUUGUUCAUUCAAACCGCAUUCAUUUGAUUCCAACGUUGCACGACUUUGAUCGUGUGCGGAAGGGUAUUUAUGAACAUCGCACGUGUACCGUGUCACGCUUUGUGCGCUCCCUUGCGACAAACAAAAUAUUUCUCGCCCCAGAGGAGAUUUCGCUGCUGGUGAAGUGGUACCUCGUCCGCAGUGCAGACGGCAGCCCUAGCGACGAAGUGAAUUACUACCAGUUCGUCAUGGACGUCGACCAGGCCCACAAGCCGGAACUCGACCCAACGCGCUUGCUGCGGUCGAUUGGGACAGGCGAGCUGCAGUCCCAGAAGGGCGGUUCACACUCGCAGCCGGCGGAGACCGUGCCGCUGGUGCUCGUCAAGGUGGCAAGGCAGGCCGAAGAGCGCCACCUCCGCGUGAACGAGUUCUUCAUCGACUUUGACCCCUUGCGCAGUGGCAUAGUACAGACGGAGAAGUUUGCUGUGGCGCUCGGCAUUGCUGGGCUGCAGCUGCACCCGCAGGAGAUUGAGAUGCUGCAAAAAGAGUACAGGGCAACGAAGGCGCGUGAUCAUAUCGACGUCACUCGCUUCGUCGCCGACGUUGGCGAAAUUGCGCCAACGGCGGUGCCCUCUGUCGCGACGAAGUUUAACUUCACAGCCUCGCGCAGCCGGACAGAGGCCGCCACCGCGAUGCUGAAGGACACGCUGAAGAACCCCUCUGAGAGACUCACAGAUGCGGAGCGAGAGCGUCUUCCGCAGCUCAUUGCCGGGCUCUCCCACGACGUCGCGACGCACAAUGCCCUGCUGACGCCCUUCUUCUCAGACUUUGACCGCCUGCACCGUGGGAAGAUUACGAAGUCAAACUUCUUGCGGGCCAUUGCGCGCCAUCGCUUUGUGCUGUCUGCGGCAGACACAGCUCUCUUGUCAUGCUACUACGCGUCGCCGGAGGACCCCGAGCUCAUUGAGUACACCCGCUUCGUUCGCGACGUUGGUCAGAACGAGAUGUCGUCAGGGAGCCGCGGGAAAUCGGGGGAUGCCAUGGACGAGACAAUGCCGCUGGCUACCAACGCGUCGUGCGUGGGCUGGAACGACGGCAUCUCCCGCGGGGAGGCUGUGGACGAGGAGCUGGUGGAGCGUGUCCUGACACAAAUCUGCUGCUUUUUGCAGGAGCGCAAGGCACGGCUCUCCGAAUUCUUCCCCGACGGUGAUGAGCUGCGCCACCGUCACGUGACAAAUGCCCGCUUUCGGCACUGCCUCUCAAUUCUAGGUCUUAACCUCUCCGAGGCGGAGCUGCAGGCCCUCGAGGCGGCCUUUGCCCACGCCGAGCUGAAGGGCCACGUCAACUACCCGGCGUUUUUUUCUGUCGUCUCGGGCAAGCUUCAGGCCGGCGUGGGCCUCAUGGCGGUGACGCAGCGCCGGCGCGGGUUGGGCAUGGCUACCGAUACAACUGCGGGGCCGGCAGCAGACUCGGCACCCGAAAAAUCUGCCGCACCAGCAGCGGAGGCGGUGUCUGGGGCGCGGCCAGGCAGAAAGACCCUUGCGGAGUCGCAGGCGGAACUGUACCAGUCGGCGAUCGACAAGGUGCGUCGGACGCUGGCCUCGCGUCGCUCAACCUCGCUCCCGGCCUUCCGCCAGUACGACCGGGCACGCAAAGGAUUUGUGAAGGAGGGGCAGUUCUUCGCGACCCUCAUGUCUUUGGGCGUGCAGUUGACCCCGGCGCAGUCGGAUGCCCUCCGAAAGGCGCACAGCGUCGGCGGCGGGGAGAUUGGCUACACAAAGUUCUGUCUCGUGGCGGACGACGAGCGGUUCGCGUAG